AUGCAGCUCAUGACAUCAUUGGUCCAACCACGCUCCUGUCGCUGGGUCCCCGCGGUGCCUCGAGGCGUCCCCUCCUCACAACCUGGCACCCAUAUGACGUCAAACCGGCGUGCCCUGACAUCACCUGCUCGCCGUCUGACGUCAUCAACCCUCCCCCGCCGCAGCGCUGAGGAGAUCGAUAUCCUGGCGUCGCAGGCGCUGUCGCAGGGCGGCGGCGAGUCCCCCCCGAGAGGCGCCUGGGGCGCCCGGGCCUCCUUUGCGCUGGGCAACGGCAGUGCGCAGCCGGCGGCUGGGCGGCCCGGGGGCGGCGGCAUCGCCGGUGGGAGAAGGAAAGGAAGCAUUGCAGACGAUGGUCUGAUUAGAGAAGCUUUCCAGUUUGAAGUAUUGCAAACACAGCAUGAUGAAAUUAAGCAAAAGCUGAAAGAAAUGCAAGAUGAAAUUCUUACUAAAAAUGGAGAAAUUAAAAUAUUGCGAGACUCAAUGCAGCAGAUGGAGUAUGCUAUAGAGGAACAGAAAAAAUCUUAUACUCUACUGGAACAGGAGAAAUCUCAGAUCCUAAGCGAAAAAGAAAAAGAGUUCUCCAGAAAGCUGAUUUCAUUACAGUCAGAGUUGCAGUUCAAAGACGCAGAAAUGAAUGAGUUAAGAACACGACUUCAGAACAGUGAAAGAAAUAGGCUUGUUACUCCAACGGUUUUAACGCCAAGUCCUAAAAAAAAUCAUGCAAUCCCAGUGAAAUCAGAAGGAUGCUCUCCACAGCCUGGAAAAAGAUCUUUUCCUACAAAAGAAUCUUUCAAUGCUGAAAUGUCCACUAGACCAUCUUCCUCUUCAGGAAAUAUGUUUAUCCAGAGCUCUUUGAUCAAGGAAGAGAGCAAGAUACUUUAUCCUGAAGAUUUAUCUGUGAAGCAAGAAGCAAAGGGAAAAAACAAUUCCUACAACUCUGUACAUAAGCAAAACACUCAAGGUUCUAUCUUACUAAGUGCAUUGAUGAAGCAGCCUGUUGUCCCUGGGUCUUUACUAGGGCUCUGUCAUCUUCUUAGCAGUAACUGUGAUGCUCUACCAGGAGCUGCCUUGAAGCCUAAGUUUUUGGAUUCGAAGUCCACAGGAAUACCCAGCAACAGGACAACUCGAGAAGAAAUUGCUUCUCUUGUAUCCCUGAGAGAAGCACAGAAACUUGCAAUAACAGGAUUGAACUUGAUUGCUAUGGAUGAAGAGUCAUCUGAAGGAAACCGAGCAGAAGGUGGGGAAGAGUUUUCACACCUCAAACGUUGCAAGAUCCGAGGUGCUGUGCAUCUCUUGCCCUUGGUAGAACACUAUGUUGGUGCAUACUGUCAAGCAGUACAACUGGCAGACAAGUCAGUAACUGGUUCUUGUGGAAGCCAUUCUGUUGUUUCUUCCAGAACUAACACAAAUGUGGUAUCAAGUAAGGAAGACUUCAGAUCAUCUCUUGAAGAAACUACAGUUGUAUCUCUGGGCAUUCUUUAUUAUUUGGCAUUUUAUAGCUGGGAUGUUGUUCACACAUUGCUUUCUUCUGAAAUAGAAAGAGACUCUGCUGUUGGAGAUGAGCAGAUUUCCAAGAGGGACAAAAAUACGUUGUGUGACAAUCAGUGCGGUAAUAAAGAAGAUGCCAGAACACAAGGAGGAUUACAUGUUGCUCCACAGGAUGAACCUAAUGAUGAUCGAGCUCAACACUCUUUGUUCAAAAAGCUGCUUCAGGUUUUAGCUUUUUCUGCUACCAAAGGCUCCCAGAUUGAUAGUAUACUGAACCAAAGCCUAAAGGUUUUGGUAAAAUUAGCAGAAAACUCAACAAUGGACUUGCUAAUAAUUUUUCAGGACUUAUUAAAUAGCCAGACACUGUUCCGUUGUCUGUGUCCAGACACCCCUUUGCAUGCCGUCCUUUUGACCGUGAGACUCCUGUCUAUAUUUGCUCAACAUCGCGUGUUGGUUGCUCAACUUUGUUCUCAUUCAGACACAUGCCUUCUUCUUGCACUGUACAUGUAUAUUACAUCAAGACCAGAUAAAUCUGCAUCUGAAAUGCUUUGGCUUCAGUUAGAACAACAGACGCUUAGACUCCUGACAAGUUGCAUGCGGUGUUCCAGUCCAGCAGUUUCACUCUUUGCCACUGACUGCCAAUGUAACCUUGAGGUGGUCAAGGCACUAAUUGUCAUGUUACACAGACAAUGGAUGAAGAUCAGAAGGUCUGAGAGCACCUUGUGUACAUACAAAGAACAUGUUCUUCAGUUUUUACGGGAUGCUGUUUUACUCUUACACAGUCUAUCUCAGAAAGAUAAACUGUUUCAUGAACACUGUUUGGAAGUGCUCCAUCAAUAUGACCAAGCCAUGCCUGGUGUAAGAGCCAUUCUCAAAAAAACUAAAAAAUUGAGUGCCUGUGAAGAGCUGAUUUUGGAUGAAUUGUAUCCUCCUGAACCAGAAGAGGAAGAUCAAGGAAUGGACUCCAGCUAGCUAACAUCUAGCAAGAUCUCUAUCCUUCCUUAGCUAAAACUUAUUAAUCAUUGUCAGUGUAAAUCUGAAAUUUAAAUGAACUAUUUUAUUUUUAAGUGA